CGUAAGGGGGAAAGGGAUUCGCUGCGACUCCCAUGUUCACUCUCGGGACUAUCAUCAUCAAAAAGAUCGAGGUUGAAAUUGGAGCGAAAAAGGAGUCUGUUGGUGAAUAGUUAGAAGUCUAUGCUGCAGAGGACCAUCUCAAGAUGGGUUAUGGCAUGAGCAGGCCGGAUAUGGACAUCGACAUGCAUGAUACUGCGCGGGGCGGGGAUGCAGCUCGCUUGAGGAGAGGCCAUGGUGAAACAUUUGAUGUGGACAAUGAUAUCUUUUAUCUGACCCGGUUGAGAUCCGAGCCUAGUGCUCGGGUCCGGCAGGGCAUCGAUGGAAGGCGCACGGCGCCGAUCUCGACGGUCAGGAUGUUGUCAGGAAGAGAGGCUAAUGUUUCUGGAAGGGGGAGGUUCUCCUCCGCCGAUUGCUCUUAUGUUCUUGGCCAGUAUCUGCCUGUCAAUGGCCCGUGGCCUGUAGACAGAAUGGAUAGCCGAGUAUAUGUUUCGCAGUUCUCGGAAGACGGUUCACUCUUUGUGGCUGCAUUCCAGGGAAGUCGUAUAAGAAUCUACAAUGUCGAUAAGGGGUGGAAAGUGGAAAAGGAUAUCCGUGCCAGAAGCUUGAGAUGGACAAUAACUGAUACAUCCCUCUCCCCAGAUCGACGAUAUCUUGUCUAUGCCAGUAUGACGCCUAUUGUUCAUAUUGUUAAUAUGGGAACCGCUGCAACAGAAUCACAUGCUAAUAUUACAGAAAUCCAUGAAGGAUUAGACUUCUCUAUGCAUGAGGAUGUGGAAAGCAUUUUUGGCAUAUUUUCUAUAAAAUUUUCAUCUGAUGGUCGGGAGCUUGUUGCUGGCAGCAGUGACCAUUCGAUAUAUGUUUAUGACCUUGAAGCAAACAAACUAAAAUCACGUUUUCCCGCUCAUUCGUUUGAUGUGAACACAGUGGCGUUUGCUGAUGAAACUGGGAAUGUCAUAUACUCCGGAAGUGAUGAUAACCUUUGCAAGGUCUGGGACAGGCGUUGCUUUGUCACAGAAAGACAAGCUGCUGGAGUUUUGACUGGCCAUUUAGAAGGAAUUACUUUCAUCGAUAGCCAUGGAGAUGGUCGGUAUUUUAUUUCAAAUAGUAAAGAUCAAACUAUCAAGCUGUGGGACAUCCGAAAAAUGUCUUCUGGUACAAAUUGUCCAAAGACAAGAACUUCUGGUUGGGAUUACAGAUACUCACAGUAUCCACCUCAGAAUAAACAUCUAAAACAUCCAAAUGAUAUGUCAGUAGCUGCAUACAGAGGCCAUUCAGUUUUACGUACUCUAAUACGCUGUUAUUUUUCCCCCUCAAAGAGCACUGGCCAAAAGUACAUUUAUACUGGAUCUCAUGACACUUGCGUCUACAUAUAUGACGUGGUGAGUGGAGAUCAUGUUGCACGACUGCAGUGCCAUCAGUUGACUGUAAGAGACUGCAGCUGGCACCCCUACUACCCUUUGCUCGUCAGCUCUUCUUGGGAUGGCCUGAUUACUCGAUGGGAAUUCCCAGGGAAUGAUGCAGUCCAUGCUACCAAUAACAACAUCAGAGGAGGAUCCAUCGAAGACCAAAUGUUCCGUGUCAUGUAUCUCUGAGGAGCAUAAAAUUUCAUAGCUCAGAAUCAACUCUUACCAGGAGGCAAAACCACUUUUAUCACUCGCCAACUAGAAUCUGAAGGCAAAAUCUACCCCUCAAGUCCUAAGAAUGCAACAAGCCCAUGACAAGUAUGGUCUCCCAUAACCACCUUUACCUUUCAUACCAUAUAUAUCAUGAGGCUUAUGCACAUAUUAGCCACAUAACAUAGAAUCAUUACAUGUAAUUUGUCAAGCAAAUUAAAAAUGUAAAAUGGAAGCGUUUGCAUGUUUGGUGCGCUGUCUUGUGUGUUCUUAUGUAAAAACGAGACGCUUGUACUCAUCCAUUCAAAAGAUGCAAUAAUCCAGGUGGGUCAUUCAAG